CGUUCCGGGUGAGAUAGGCAGAUCGGGCCGGCUAGGCAGCGAUCCGCAGUACUAUCCCGGCGCUCAUCCGAGGACCACGAAAGCUACUGUUACUUUGUUGGGCAGUGUGGCGCCAUGAACGACGCAGCAGGGCUGAAUUCGGAGAAGGUAGCUGCUCUGAUUCAGAAGCUGAAUUCUGAUCCUCAGUUCGUACUUGCCCAGAAUGUCGGGACCACCCACGACGUGCUGGACUUCUGUCUGAAGAGGGCCACUGUGCAGGCUACUCAGCAUGUGUUCCAACACUCUGUGCCUCAGGAAGGCAAGCCAGUCACCAACCAGAAGAGCUCAGGGCGAUGCUGGAUCUUUUCUUGUCUGAAUGUUAUGAGACUUCCAUUCAUGAAAAUGUUAAAUAUUGAAGAAUUUGAGUUCAGUCAAUCUUACGUAUUUUUCUGGGACAAGGUUGAACGCUGUUAUUUCUUCUUAAAUGCAUUUGUGGACACAGCCCAGAAAAAGAAGCCUGAGGAUGGGAGGCUGGUGCAGUAUUUGCUUACGAAUCCUGCAAAUGACGGUGGACAAUGGGAUAUGCUUGUCAAUAUUAUUGAAAAAUAUGGUGUUGUUCCUAAGAAAUGUUUCCCUGAAUCUUAUACAACAGAGGCAAGUAGAAGGAUGAACGAAAUUCUGAACCACAAGAUGAGAGAAUUCUGUAUACGACUGAGGAACCUGGUACACUGUGGAGCAACCAAAGGAGAAAUCUCAGCCACACAGGAUGUCAUGAUGGAGGAGAUAUUCCGAGUGGUGUGCAUCUGUUUGGGGAAUCCACCAGAGACAUUCACCUGGGAGUAUCGAGACAAAGAUAAAAAUUAUCAGAAGAUUGGCCCCAUCACGCCCUUGGAGUUUUAUAGGGAGCAUGUCAAGCCAGUCUUCGAUAUGGAGAAUAAGGUUUGUUUAGUGAAUGACCCUCGACCCCAGCACAAGUACAACAAACUUUACACAGUAGACUACUUAAGCAAUAUGGUAGGAGGGAGAAAGACGCUAUAUAACAACCAGCCCAUUGACUUCUUGAAAAAAAUGGUUGCUGCCUCCAUCAAAGAUGGAGAGGCUGUGUGGUUUGGCUGUGAUAUUGGAAAACACUUCAAUGACAAGCUGGGCCUCAGUGACAUGAAUGUCUAUGACCAUGAAUUAGUGUUCGGUGUCUCCUUGAAGAACAUGAACAAAGCCGAGAGGUUGACCUUUGGUGAGUCACUGAUGACCCAUGCCAUGACCUUCACUGCCGUCUCAGAAAAGGAGGAUCAGGAUGGAGUAUUCUUGAAAUGGAGAGUGGAGAACUCAUGGGGUGAAGACCACGGCGACAAAGGUUACCUGUGCAUGACAGAUGAGUGGUUCUCUGAGUAUGUCUACGAGGUGGUGGUGGACAAGAAGCAUGUCCCUGAAGAGGUGCUAGCUGUCUUCGAGCAGGAACCCAUUGUCCUGCCAGCCUGGGAUCCCAUGGGGGCUUUGGCUGAGUGAUAAUGCCUCUACUUCUUUCCUCCUCCCAUGGGACCUGAAGUAGCUACAAAGGACAGAUCCAGCGACUGAAGCCAAAGUUACACAGGUGACUGUGUGUUCUUACAGGACACAGUCAGACUCUUGGUUUUCCAGUCUCCUCCAGGAACCUCUGGUGAAGUGUGCUUUAUGCUGAAACAAAACAUUCUUAAAAAAAAAAAAAAAAAUGGGGAAGAUCAGAUCAUACCAUCUACUCUCCUCAUCUCCAACAGCUCAGGAUCUCUUAGCAUUUUAAUCAUAUGUAAUUGUUUGUCAUAACUCUGUCAAAAACGUUUGGUUAAGUGUCUGUGUUUUAAUAAGACAGGGUGAGCAACUGAGGUGUAUGGGAGAAAACAGACCUGCUGCUCCUUGUUCCCGGAGUGGGAAAGGGGUAUUAUCCUUCAGUUUGAGCUCUGAAAAGGGAGUGCUGCCUGACAGCAUCACUGUCCUUCCUAUAUGGCAGUCACUGAAUUGAAUUGUUUCCGAGGCAAUCUUAUGUGCCUCUAGUAGCUUGAUGGUAACGGGUUUGUUUGUUUGUUUAAGCCCUAGAGUGGGAGGUUGAUCAAGUCUGAUGUGAUUCCUUCCCAUUGUCCUGACCUGUGGGGGAGCAUAGCUCUGCUUGAGUCAGGUUUAAGUAGAGGA